GCCAGUACUUUUUGAAUAGUUCUUAGUUCAAUAAACAUAAAUAUGCUGCAUGCUGCUUCUACUUUUUCCAUUGUAGAAGAAAAAUAUUCCUGAAAAGAUUUUUUCUUUCAAAUGUUGUCUUUUCCAGAGGCUAUUUGUACAAUUGAACUUAGCUUCUACAUGCUGCAUAUGAAAUUUCCACUUGCUGCACACUGUUCCUGCUGUAAAAGAAGACUAAUGUAAGCCUUGCUAUUUAGACUUCACAACCUUUUGUUGUCUAUGGCAAUGGAUUGUGUGGCGAGUUAGCCAUUUGAAUAAAGGUGACUUGUCAGAAUGGUAUAACUAUCAGUUUAAUUCAAGCAUCUGUUUAUAGAUUCUAUAGAUUAUUGUAAUCUGAAAAUUAUCUACAUGCAGAUAUUGUUACUUUUGAUUUGGGUUACUUGUAGCUUUAUGGAAUUACAGAAUCUAAUUUCAUCUUAUAUAUUGUUUUCCUGGUAUUUCGAUUUUAUAUGCAUUCCAGCUGAUGAGGAUAUAAUGUUUAUUUCUAUUUUACUGAUGCCAACAUGAUGUUUUGGAAAGGCCUGUUGAGCAUUCUGUACUCUCAAGGGCAUUAUAAGGCUGCAAGCACUGAUUCGUGGUCACUUAGUCAGAAAACAAGCUGUUGCUACUUUAUGCAGUCCAAGGGGAAUUGUUAAGUUCCAGGCACUAGUUCGUGCCCAAAAGGUCAGACACACAGAUAUUGCUAUUGAAGUGCAAAAAAUAUAUCUGAUAGCUCUUCUGGUAAUUUUUCACCCUUCCAUUCAUGAUUUCUGACAAAAAGAUUUGUGGUACUAGUUGUUUAUGCUUUUGUGUUUGUUUCUGUUUGUGUUUAUCUGUGUUUUCUUACCAGAAUAAGGUGAGUUAUGUUAU